AUGAUGGCGCGAAGAGCCAAAGUCAUUCAGCAAGGCCAUCAGAAGCGACCCGCGGAUGACGGAAGAAAGAACGCCAGCGCGGCCAACAUGGCCAUCACUAGGUCCGCAACAACCUUCGCGACCAUCCGCGCAGUCACAGAUACGCCUGAGUUGCUAGAGAUGAUUUUGAUGAACUUGAGCGCAAAGAAGACAUUCGAGUUCCAGCGAGUAAGCAAGCGAUGGAAAGCGACCAUCCAAGGCUCUUCCACUCUACAGAAGCGCAUGGUGACAAGAUACUAUGGACCGACUCUUGCUCCACAGUCACACCCGACGAUGUCGCCUCAACACCAGCGACAGAUGUACCACUGGACGCCAGGCCUCAUUCCUUCCAUCAUCUACUAUCACGCUAGCACCACGACUCACAUCGGCGUAGAGCAGGGAUCUCCGCAAGACAUCAUCGGCACCGUGGCAAAGACCACCAUGCCAAGUGUCGCAGGCCAGCAGCGACUCCUCGAGAUCCACAUGAGAUACAUUAUACCGAAAGGCGUUAAAAACGUCUCAUGGGGUAAGCUUUACAUCACAAAGCCCGCGAUCAAGGCGGUCACCAUCAGGAUCGGGGCGCUUGCGACCAUCGACGAAGACUGCAUCAACUCAUGCACGGCCUGGAACCCAAGCGGUCUCAUCUGGCAGGAUGUCUUGGAUGCAAUCAAGGGAAUGCGAAGCAACGAUGAUAGCGCACCGAUCAGUAUUGUUGAGUUUUCGAUGACGGCUGAGAAGAGCGAAUGGACGAAGAAGUUGAGGAAGUGCAAGGGAAAGAAGGGGUCCAUUGGGCGGUGUACGUGCAUAAAAGAACUCCUUCGCUGA